AUGUUAGUAUUGAAAAACAUGUUCCAUGACAAAAUAAAACCAACUACAGAAAUAAAUGACGCAAGACUGAAACGUUGGGUAAAAGCUUUCCCAUUCACAAAAGAUAUUAUUGGUUACAUGGAAAGAAAACCAGAAUGGCUACAAAAACAUAUAUUUGGAAACGAGCUUAUUCCAUAUGGACAAGCUAUAUUUGAAGAGCUUGAACCGGAAACUCAGGAAAGAGUCAUGCAAACAAUAAGCGAAGACUCAAAUACAAACUAUGACAAAAUCUUUCUAGGAUAUAGGUUACCUGAAAUGGGCGACCAGAGCCCAAAGGCAAAAAGGACAUGGGAAAUUUACAACAUACUAGGUGAACAUGAGGCAAAGAUGCUACAACUUGAAGCAGAGGGCAAGUUACCAAAAGCGACACCAAAGAAGAAGAGAAGAGUAGAACAAAGUGAAAGUAGUGAAGAAGUAACUUCAUCUAGUGAAAGUAGUGGCAAUGAAGGAAAAAAAGAGUUAAAGAUUUAG